AUGUCAAGAGGGACCCUAUUUUCGCAGAAGUUACCUUCACAUUUAUAUUUUUAUGAACCAUUUGAGAAGAACGACGUCGAAAACUGUACAGAUGACAGUGAGCAAAAUAUACAGAGCGCCUUUAGCACACAUUGCACUACCUGCACCAACCCUUAUAAGAUUAAAGAUGCCAUCUGUUUCGUGUCUGGAUUGAAACCAUACAAACAAUAUCCAUACUAUGACGACCGAUGGAAUUUCCUCUACUAUUGGAUAGGACAACAAAUAUGGAGCGCACUGCAAAGUGAGACAGAUAAGGAGAACCAGUUCAAAGACCUCCUGAAGAAGAUUUGUGAAUUAAUAAAGAGUAAAUGCAGCAGUCAAGAAUGUAAAAUUAAUUGUGAACUUAUAGACAAAGACAUUUUCCAGCAUAAGAAAAUAGUAUUCGAUUUCUCCCAUAACUAUAAUUCUAUAAAAGGUUACUUCGGGGAAGAGAGGCAUGAUUGUAAUGAAAAAUGGCACCCUUACAAACAAGAAAUUACUAAAGCAUGUUCCUCUAUAACUGCAUAUUGCGCACCAGGAGGGGCAGGUACAACUAAUGGGGGUGACCCAUAUUGUGAGAAAUUUAAGGACACAUAUAAGUUUCUCUGUACGGGGAAUCUGCGAACAUUAAAGUGUAAGACGAAAUCGGAACUGCAUGUAGAAAGAUGUCAGGAAUGUCCCUGUAAGGAACAGGAAUUAAAGGUCCAGAAGUUAUCACAUGAAUUAUCGGAAGCACAUGCAAACUCACGCAGUGCUACUACCAGCACUGCUCUUUCUUCUAUCUUUGGUACCUUAGCAACAAUAGGUGCUCCUUUCCUAUUAUACAAAACAUCCUUUCCUUCCUCCUUAGAUGUCCUUUCCUUCCUUAGACCCGUUCAUUCCUUCCUUCUUUUCUUUCAGUAUAAACCAUGGUCUUCUUGGUUUGGUAACCAUUCUUCUGGAAAUGGAAGGAACGGAAGAAGCACAAGAAGAAAGGGAAGAUCAACUGGACAGAACUUUGGUUCAUCCACAGAAGACAGCUUAACAGAAUAUUCCACAGAUAACUCAACAAUAGACGAAGCAGUAAGCUCUGCUACACGCACAAGAGUGUCUACCAACAGAGAAGGAAGAACAGGAACAAAUACACCGGGCCACCAUCAGAAUAUAGUUUAUGGUCGCAUGAACCGUUGA